AUGGACGACGACCGGCCAACAGCCUACGACGGCUCCGAUGGAUCGCGGGCUAGCAAAUUGGAAAGGAGCUCUUCCUUGGGCCCUGAGUAUUCUCAUCUCAGCGGGAGCGGUUCGGACAGCCGGAGGGAUUCCCGCCAAGCGUCGUCAUUUACCGCCAUCAACGCCGCCGCAUUCCACCAGCAAGCCGUUCACGAAGGCUAUGCCGGAACAGUCAGCAUCGAUUCAUAUGUGCAGCAGAACCAGGGUCAGCGAUUCGGCGCUAUGCUUGAGGACAUUCAGGAAUUCACGACGGGCGGGAUGGUCUGCGCGCCCAAUAUUGGGGACUGGGUUCAGCGGGAGUUAUUCUUGAAGGGGUCAGAUGAGCAGGUGGAACAGGCUUCUAGGCCUCCAACCCGAGACAUGGUUAUAUGGAGAUGA